GCUGUCGAUUAAUUAAUUGAUUAACUGUUUCCUAACAAAAUCAGUUUAUUCGGCGUAGUGAAGCCUCUCCUCCAUUGACAUUCAUUCAGAAAACGGCUUUGGUCUUCUUCCCUGCGUCCAGCCCUUAAGACUGUAGGCUAUAAAACUGUAUAUAUCCAAAGCAGCAGAGGCAAAAUUGUUUCGCUUUUUGGCUAAAUGUUCCAGAGAGUCACGCUUCAUCACAGCUGACCAGAACUCGUUCAAAGACGGUUUUGGAAGUGUAUUCAACACCCCCGAAAAGGCAUUAUAUCUGUUAUGGUGGAGAACCCUGCAGAAUGAAAGAAGAAGAUACAGAGGAACAAACAGAUUUGAUGGGAUUGAAGGACAACAAGGAGCAUCAGUUUGGAAAUCAUCAUCAUUUUAAAAAUGAAGAUGAAUAUGCAGUCAUUUCACAGACUGAACAGAAUUUCACACAAAAACAAGCUGGAAAAACUGGAGCUAAAGGAUCUUUCACAUGCACUCAGUCUGGAAAGGGUUCAUUUAUCAAAGAAGAACCAAAUGUGCAUAUGAGCAUUCAACAAACAGAUUUGAAGGGACUGGUGGAAGACAAGAAGCAUCAGUUUGAAAAACCUCAUCAUUUUAAAAAGGAAGAUGGAAAUACAGUCAUUUCACAGACUGAACAGAAUCUCACACAAAAACAAUCUGAAAAGACUGGAGCCAAAGGAUCUUUCACAUGCAGCCUGUGUGGGAAGAAUUUUGGUCGGAAAUCAAAGUUGAAUAGACAUAUGACAGUUCACACUGGAGAGAAGCCGUUUACAUGCACUCAGUGUGGAAAAAGUUUCGGUGAGAAAUCAAAGUUGAUUAGACACAUGACAGUUCACACUGAAGAGAAGCCUUAUACAUGCACUCAGUGUGGAAAGAGUUUCCGUCAGAAAUCAAACCAUAACAGACACAUGAGAUAUCACACUGGAGAGAAGCCAUAUACAUGCACUCAGUCUGGAAAGGGUUUCUUUGUCAAAGAAGAACCAAAUGUGCACAUGAGAAUUCAACAGACAGAUUCAGCAGAACUGAAAGACGACAAGCAACAUCAGUUUGAAAAUCCUCGUCAUUUAAAAAAUGAAGAUGGAAAUGCAGUCAUUUCACAGACUGAACAGAAUUUUACACAAAAACAAGCUGGGAAAACUGGAGCCAAAGGAUCUUUCACAUGCACUCAGUGUGGGAAGAGUUUCAGCCGUCCAUCAAACCUUAAGAGACACGUGAGAGUUCACACUGGAGAGAGGCCUUUUACAUGCACUCAGUGUGGGAAGAGUUUUGGUGACAAAUCAGAGUUUAAUGGACACAUGACAGUUCACACUGGAGAGAGGCCAUAUAAAUGCACAGAGUGUGGAAAAGGUUUCAUUCAGAAAUCAAACCGUAACCGACACAUGAAAGUUCACACUGGACUGAAGCCUUAUACUUGCACUCAGUGUGAAAAGGUUUUCUUUGACAAAGAAGAACUAAAUGUGCACAUGAGAAUUCACACUGGAGAACGUCUGUUCACAUGCACUCAGUGUGGGAAGAGUUUCAGUCAGAAAUCAAAGUUUAAGAAACACAUACGAUAUCACACUGGAGAGAGGCAUUAUACAUGCACUCAGUGUGGAAAGAGUUUCUUUGCCAAAGGAGAACUAAAUGUGCACAUGAGAAUUCACACUGGAGAAAGACCGUUCACAUGCACUCUGUGUGGAAAGACUUUCAGUCGUACAUCAAACCUUAAAAGACAUGUGAGAUUUCACACUGGAGAGAGGCCUUUUACAUGCACUCAGUGUGGGAAGAGUUUCUUUGUCAAACAAGAACUUGAUGUGCACAUGAGAAUUCACACUGGAGAAAGACCGUUCACAUGCACUCAGUGUGCACUCAGUUUUAAAUCUAAACACGUCCUGAAAAAACAUCAGCUCUCUCACUCUGGAGUGAGAUCAUUCAGCUGUGAUCAGUGUGAUAAAACAUUUGUGUUCGCAUCAUACUUAAAAGAACAUCUUAAACUUCAUGCAGGUGUAAAGCGUCACUUUUGCACUUUUUGUGAAAAGAGCUUUACACAACCGUACAGUUUACAAGUUCAUCAGAGUAUUCACACUGGUGUGAGACCUCAUGUGUGCUUCGACUGUGGAAAGACCUUUCUUACAUCUAGUGACUUAAAAAAACACCAGAGGAUUCACACUGGAGAGAAACCAUACAAGUGCUCACAGUGUGACAAGAGAUUCACUGAUUCAUCAACCCUGAAAACCCAUGAGAGAAUACACACUGGAGAAAAGCCGUACCAGUGCUCUUCAUGUGGGAAGGAUUUCACUCGCUCAUUUACUCUAAUUAAACAUAAGAUAAAGCAUUGCCCACAGGUGUCCAAGUCACUUUCAGAUCCAUCACUUUGAAAAAAUGUAAUCCAAGUUUGAAGAUUUGAGAAAUACAAACCAAUAAAAAAAUAUUUUUUA